UAGUAUGGUCUCUGGAAGUUCAACAGGUAUGAGACGCACAAAUCACCAUUUUAACCGCUGUGCAAAGGUGUCACUUAUGCUUGCCAACCUCUCAACAUGAGUGUGCGUCCACGCCCAGUGUCUCGAACUCUUCUCCUCUCCGGAAAGCUGGACAGAGUUUGGAGAUUCAAACUUUACUAGACCUUGUACCAUUCUUGUUCCGUGACAUUGGUGGGUAAGAUAAAUAAGCAGGGUUGGUCCAUGAAUUAGAUCGUAAAUAUCACCCGGAGCGAGUCGGCAGAUAGGCUCAAUGGCCAUAAAAAGUCACGUGAUGGCCAUUAAAGUCAGUUUUAUGGUUUUGGGGAGUCAACACUAUAUCGCAUAUAAAGUUUAAUCGCACUGACGUGGAGCUUCGUUGACUCUUUCUCUGCAGACCGUAGAGGUGUUCCUUGACUGCUUCCACAACUGUUUGUGACAUACCAGAUUGCUAUGGACUGGAAACAUGCAGACCGGAUUCACUUGGGUGGACGAGGGUCAUCUUAUGGUUCAACCGUAGAGCCCACUGGCGAAGGGGUGUCACGUGACUACGUCGAGCCAAUGUUCUUCUACGACGGUGUCAGGACCUUGUCAGACAGAGAAAUAAACAUUGGGAAACAGCGAGAUGCAAAAAGCGACCUACUGCGACGGCUCGGCAAUUUACAGUGGCUUCCCCUAUCAAAGCGCAAAUGGUUUAGGUUAUGAUGCCAAUCAGCAGCAAUAUCUUCAGGGCCUUCAUGUGGAACGUGAGCACCAUCGAUCGGCCUGCUCCCUGCAGUCUCCUGGUGGCUCUGCAGCUCUGUACAAACCCAAUGAUAUCUCCGAGGGCUGCCAACGGAGUAACGGGACUCAAGCCCCAGUACCAGACACCCCCGACAACAAUCAGCCCCCUACUGCCCCCUGUGGACCAGGUUCCCCUAGUGCCCUGAACCAUAUUCCGAGCGGUGAUGCCAUCGCCAAGAACCCAGGGCAUGCCUCUCCAACGCCAGCCACUAGGAAACAAAUUUUCCCGUGGAUGAAGGAGUCCCGUCAGAACACAAAGCAGAAAUCCUACAGUACCAUUCCAGUGGAGAGCUAUCCUGGAGACAAGAGUCCCCCCGGUUCGGCUGCCUCCAAGCGCGCUCGUACAGCAUACACAUCUGCGCAACUCGUGGAGCUGGAAAAAGAGUUCCAUUUCAACCGUUACCUCUGCCGCCCUCGAAGAGUGGAAAUGGCAAGUUUGCUAAACCUGACGGAAAGGCAAAUUAAAAUAUGGUUCCAAAAUCGUAGGAUGAAGUACAAAAAGGACCAAAAGGGGCUUGGAAUGAUGCCCUCUCCUGGAGCACAGUCUCCCCACAGUCCCGUUGCCCUGUCAUCUGGUAGCGGAGCAGGGGGUGGGAGUGGAUAUUUAAGUUCAAUGCAUUCUCUGGUUAACAGCGUGCCCUACGACUCACCCCCUCCAGCAUCGUACAGCAAACCCCAGCCUAAUGCAUACAGCCUUCCUACGUCAUAUCCACCUCUGAACAAUUGCCCUCCUCCUCAAAAGCGGUUUCUGGUUACUGGCACAACCACGCCUGAGUACGACACGCACAAUCUUCAAGGCAACAGUAAUUACGGGACCCAAGUGCAGGGUAGCCCAGUUUAUAUCAGUGGCAGUGGAAGCUACUCGGAUUCUUCAGUGGGCAUGGGAGGUUCGGUUUUUGGCCUGACACAUCUACCGCACCCUCCUCAAGGCAAUAUAGAUUACAACGGCGCCAUCACCAUGGGAAACAGCCAUCAUCAAGGAGCGUGCGAACCAAAUCCGUGCACAUUCACAGACCCUACAACGCAUUAUUCUCAGGGAAGAAUUCAGGAAGCGCCCAAACUGACUCAUCUGUAGUGUGGCUGCAAUGUAUUUUUCUCCCCGUCCACCGGCACACCUUCACAUUCCUCGCCUGACUGCGUCCUCCUCCUCCGACAGCUCCGUCCAUUCGGUUCUUAGUUUUCCUGACGUAGCUCGGCGAAAUUAUUUUGUUGUUGGUUUAAAAGUUUGCAUAUAUAGAAAGAGAACGUUAUAAUUCUUCAAAACUCACGUCAUGGUAUCAUGAGAAUAUGUAGCCUAUUUUAUUUCAUUUUUUUAAUGAAAUUUGAAACAGGGUAUACGAAUACAGAACUAUAGUUUUAUGGUUCUAUUUUAAAUGUGAAUUUUAAACCUUCAAAAUUAUCCUCUGUCCAGUUUUUUUUAUUUUAUUUAAAAUACGCCUUAUCUCCUCCCUAUUUUUUCUGUUUUGCAUUUUGCACUUGAGGAAGGAUGCAUAUGAGCACGACUUCUUUAUUCAACAGUCUUAUCUUACAGCGUGAGCUCAUGUGUUUCAGGUCUUUCAAAUGUAUUUAUUUUGUUGUCAUUGACAAUAGAUUUCUAGUGUUAUUUAGCCCAGUCCUUCAGAUGAUGGGUAGAAGGCAAAAUUGAGCCGGGAAUUCUCCCUGUAUUGUUUAUACUGAAACACAUUAUAUGGUCCAGUGCUAACAGGCAAGACUGUUUAUUAAAGGUCAAUGUAUUCGAAUAUUAAUGUGUGCAAAUGUUAAUCAUGACUUGCUUUAAAGAGUCAGAAGAGACAACGGUCAGAUAUUCAUACUUUUUAUUUGUUCAAACAUUUUUGAUGUCAUUCCAUGUUGCUCCACAUUUGAAGAAAUAAAAGAAACUAACUGACAA